AUGUAUCCGCAGCUUGUUUCCCUCCUGCUAUUCUUGAGUAGUUUCUACUCAGCUUCGGCAGCGUCUGUAUCGAAAGCGCCCCAUGCGACACGGCAGACCGACAACAACCCCAGCGUCUACGACUAUGUUGUGGUUGGCUCCGGCCCGGGCGGAGGUCCCUUGGCCGCCAGGCUUGCCAUUGCUGGCAAGAAGGUCUUGCUAGUCGAAGCGGGCGACGACCAAGGAGAAUCGAUACCCUACCAAGUGCCUGCGCUCAACUUGCAAUCGACCGAGUACGAGCCGAUGCGGUGGGACUACUACGUCAACCACUUUAGCGACCUCUCCGUGCAGAAGAAGGAUUCAAAAAUGACAUACCGGAAGGAUAACGGAGAUUUGUAUGUUGGCCUUGACCCUCCGUCCGGGGCGACCCCACUGGGCGUCCUGUACCCUCGUGCAGGGACACUCGGUGGAUCCUCAAACAUGCGCAAGUAUUUCGUACGACUGGAGAAGGCGUCGUAUCUCCCUAACGGUAUUAUCGGCCACGGCUUUAACGGCUGGCUGACCACGACCGUAACGGACCUUGGACUCAUCAUCAAAGACAUCAAACUUCUCACCGUGAUCCUCUCGGCUGCUUCGUCGAUGGGUAAAAACCUCCUUGGGGCAAUCUUGUCUACAGUCGCUGGGCUUGGCCAGGUGCUUUUACGUGAUUUGAACGUCGACACGAAUGGCCGUGACUCUGCGGAAGGCCUCUACCAAGUCCCCAUCUCCGUCGCGAAUGGCGUGCGCGUUGGGCCUCGGGAUAUCAUUCUCAGUACCGCAAAUGCCGUAAACCCCGACGGCUCGAGGAAAUACCACCUCGACAUAAAACUCAACACGCUGGUGACCAAGAUCCGAUUCGACAACAGCGGCGCGAAACCUCGUGCAGUGGGCGUGGACUUUCUCGUUGGCCAAAGUCUCUACAAAGCAGACCCUCGCUUCCAAGGCUCCUCCGUAGGGCAACCGGGGAGCGUAAACGUCUCGGCCGAGGUCAUCGUCUCAGCUGGCUCCUUCAAUACCCCCCAGCUUCUCAAACUCAGUGGCGUUGGACCAGUAGAGGAAUUGUCCGCGUUGGGCAUCCCCAUCGUUGUUGACCUUCCUGGGGUCGGCACAAAUCUCCAAGAUAGAUAUGAAACAUCUGUUAUUGGCAAGACGCCGACAGACUUCCAGAUUACAGAGGAUUGUACCUUCUUCCGCUCUGCCGAUGACCCUUGCCUUAAAUCGUGGCAGAGCGGUGCUAAUGGACGGGGAAUUUAUGCAUCCAACGGCGUCUCUUUGGGCGUAGUCAAAAAGUCAUCCGUCGCCGAGGGGGACCCAGACAUCUUCAUCGCCGGUGCUCCUGUCGGCUUUCCUGGUUAUUAUCCAGGGUAUUCGGUAGACGGUACUGUUGAUGCCCGUCACUGGACGUGGAUCGUCCUAAAAGCCCACACGCGAAAUCGUGCGGGAAAUAUCACCCUUCGAUCCACCGAUCCCCGGGACAUGCCUCAGAUCGACUUUAAUUCCUUUAGUGACGAGGCUGACGCGGCCAAGGAUGUCAAAGCUCUUGUCGAAGGAAUGGAGCUCUCGCGGAAGAUGCUUAACAACGUCCUUCCACUUACUGGUGGAUUCGACGAGGUCUGGCCUGGAUCGAAGGUCAGUGGCGCAGGGCUUUCACAGUUUGUCAAGAAUGAAGCCUGGGGCCACCACGCAAGUUGUACAUGUCCCAUUGGAAAAGAUGGUGAUCCCAUGGCAGUCUUGGACUCUAAGUUUCGCGUGAGGGGAACGGACGGUCUACGUGUCGUCGAUGCUUCGGUUUUCCCAAAAAUCCCCGGGUUCUAUAUUGCGGUGCCCGUGUAUAUGAUUAGUGAAAAGGCGGCAGAUGUAAUAUUGGGGUUCUAA